GAUUCACUCACGAUGUGGAAAUGACAGUGUCUAUGGAUUUAUACCUAACGGAGGAUUUCAAAUUGAACAUGGACACCGAAAAUUAAUUCACAUAGGGAAAAGUGAAAAGUUGGAGGAUGGCCCACAAACAGGGGCUCCACCAUGGGGUGACGGUGGCCCAGCCCAAUGAGUUUGAGGUGAGACACCGCCCAAGCAUCAUCACCCAUCUACCACCGCUCAGUGCUCAUGAGCCUGCCUUCAGUGAACGGCCGAAAAUUCUAGAAAGAGGCUCCUUCACAAAAGCUGCACCAAUCAAAGAGAAAAGGCAUUUCCGAAAAGUGAGCGACUCUAUCGGCAACAACUACAGCCCCAGCGCCCGUCACCUGACAGCGUCAGUCAUCUACGAAACAACCAAACUAGCUUAUUCUGUAGAGGAAACAUAUUUUUUAUCACCACGGAAACCAGCUGUCCGUAAAUCUCCAUGUCCAGAGGAAGUCAAUGGAAUAGAGUACCGGAGACAUUCAGCUGGCCUUCUCGAUGUUAGUUUGCCUCCCUACAACAUUCACCAAGAUGGCUGCCAAACUGAUCGUCUUCCCACCACUAACCACAAAGAGUUCAAAGGUCAGACACUGUUGCCACCUAUCAAUGGUUUUUCCGCUGUUGCCCCAAGUGAAGUGGAUUACAUCGGGAGUAUGCAGAAUGGGUCAACAGAUCAAAGCCAGACUGUGGCUGCUGAUGAGUCGUCACCUGACCUGGACACAGCCAAUCAGCAUCCAUGUGCCAUCAGCCCCAGACACAGCUCCAUUAGCUUUGAGGGAAGUGUGGACAGUGGUCGUCCGCCAUCCGUGUACAUCCAUGACAUGCCCACGGUGCCAGAGACACUGGCAGAAGAUCAUGAUCGGACACUCAGUAGUAAUGGCUUUAACCUUGGUGGGAACUGGGGACCUACUUGUGAGCACACUCAGGAAGAAGCAGACGUGCUAGAAGUGGAAUUCCCGCCAUUUUUCCACUCCACUCACGGACUGAGUCGUCCAAGCACUCCAGAACCGGAAGACAGAAAGAGGUACUACCAACUGAUCGAGAAAGCCAUCGAGCCCACCAUGGUGGGUCCAAUCACACAGUCCACCAUGGACGGAGUGUACCACUUUGUGCCCCAGAAACUAAGGACAGACCUACCUGCAGCCACACGGGAGUUCAGACAGGAGAUGGACAAGGAGUACCGGCUGGCAGUGAGGAAAGCCAUCCUGGACUAUGUACUCAUUGACCCUACAGAACAAGAGAGACUGGGGGUGCCCAUGCCUGCCAAGCCUUCCAAUCUGGCCGGGAGAGACGGGUUUCCCUGGCACGAUACAGUGAAUUCCAUGAGAGACUUCAUGUGCAAUGAACUCUACAUCACACAUCCAGUCAUGAGGAAAAUACUUUACCAUUUCCACACAAAAUAUGGGAAUUUCCGACUGCUGGAUAUUCCUGGUUUGCGGAAGCGUAUGCCUGUAACCAUGGAAACAUUCCUGAAGCAUGUGCAGACAUCGAGUAAAAAUGGAGCCAGCAGACUGAAGAAGGAGUGGCUAAUGGAGUGUUGUGACAUCAUCGAUACACAUCGGGAUGAGGUGGAGGGCUGGAUGCCGGGGGACUCGGAGGAGAGGUUGGGGCAGAUGGACCACUUCUUCGGCUGCGUCGCCUCCUUGAUGUCCAACUUGCUGCGCAGCUGUGUAGCCAACUCCAUCUCUGACCUCGUUGACCUCGUGGAAGAGUACGCUGAUGGCAACGUCUAUGAUGGCAUCUACAGCAUCUUCAAGGGGCUGGCACUGCCACAGAAAAUACAUCCUGUCACAUUCUUCAUGCAAGAGAGCUUGGAGGAAGGGGAACUGUCUUUCAAACCCGUCUUUCCCAACAUCUGUGACUUUUUCUGCUUCAUUAUCGACACCAUGGUCGCUAGCGUCACAGACCUGAAGCACAUCGAACACCUGCUCUUCCAUGCUGUGGAUGACCUUGAAGACAAAUUCAUCAGUACUGUACAAGAUGGCGAGGAAUUGGUGGAAAUCGCCAAAGCCCGUAUACGCAAGGUGGUCAUGGCAAAUAGUCAUGGCCCUAUUAAGUACAAGUCCACCUAUGAGCCAUACAAGUACCUGCUCUCUACCCAUGCUGACACGUUCACCAACAAGUUCACGAGUCGCGACCACUCGCUGCGGGAGUAUGUACGGGAGAUAGAGAAGCUGAAGAGGAUGGCGUCUGAGGUGGGAUCCCUCCCAGUCCGCAUCCCCAUGCACUUCUUCCUCCUCGACUGCAACCACAUCAACCGGUGGCUGAUUGACCGUGCUCGCUCUUUGAUAGACAUCAUGGUGACUAAAAUAAUCACAACCAGUCUGAACUUCAACCGUGGAAUCUGUAAACAAUACGACCAGAUCGUCAAAAACAGCGCUCAGCAGGCCACCAACACAGAGGAACUUGUCAGACUCAUAGACUAUGUGGAGAACCUCAAAGUUGGGGAGCUUUUAGAGCUUAAGGACAAACUUGAGGUUGCUGUUGGUAACCUGAUGUUCCUGAUGGACUAUGGGAUACUCCCCUCCAAUGAUGUCAUCAUCAACAACAACACCUUCACCUGGCCUGACAGAAUCAUGCCCAUUGUGAGAAACACGGAGAACAAGCUACAGAGGGAGCAUGACAUGGCAGUGUCCAAACUGAGGGACAAGAAGAAAAAGUUUGCCAUGGAGUUGGCAGAGGCGGGCCGCAAGGUCGGAGCCUUCUCCUCCCGAGACCGGAUGUCCGAGGCAAAGCAGUACAUGGCGGAGCUGGACGAGAUCACCAUCCGACUGGAGACUUUCAAACAGACGAAACUUGGCAUCAAUCGGGAAGAAGUGAUGCUGGGGUUUGAGCAUCAGACGCCAUAUGAUGAGAUCCUGGAGAUCGCCACGGCCAAGGAACCGUUUGACAAGCUGUGGUCGACUGCCGUCACAUUCCAUGGUGAACACGACAAGUGGAUGAACGGACCGAUACUGGAGGUCAAUGCUGAGGUUGUGGAGGAAGAGGUUCAGAACUUGUGGCGAACUGCCUACAAGCUGACCAAGACGUUCUCCAGCCCCGAGUACCGCAGCUCUCUCAAGGCAGCAGCCACCAUCAAGGCCAAACUGGAGAAGUUCAAGAUCAACAUGCCUCUCAUCAAUGCUCUGUGUAACCCAGGCAUCAAGGAGAGGCACUGGGGCAUGAUGAACGAGAAGGUGGGGUUCAACAUGACCCCGAAUGAGCAGACACCGCUCCUGGAGGUGUUGCAGAUGGGGCUGGAGAAGUACCUGGAUGAAUUGAUGGACAUCAGUUCCCAGGCCAGCAAGGAGUUCGCAUUGGAGAAGGCUCUGUCCAAGAUGAAGAUGGAGUGGGAGGCCGUCCACUUCAACUUUGUGGCGUACAAGGACUCCGGUAUUAGCAUUCUGUCUGCCUUCGAUGAGAUCCAGGUGCUUCUGGAUGAUCACAUCGUCAAGACAACCACCAUGAAGGGAUCCCCGUUCAUUGGUCCAUUCGAGUCAGAGGUCAAUGAGUGGGAUCACAAACUGCAUCGGAUGCGAGACAUAUUGGAUUCGUGGCUGAAAGUACAGUCAGCAUGGCUGUACCUGGAACCAAUAUUUGGCUCUCAGGACAUCAGGAACCAGAUCCCUGUGGAGGGCAAGAUGUUCGAGGAGGUGGACAGCCAUUGGCGUACCAUCAUGGAGAAUGCGAUAAAGAACACGCAGGCGCUGGUGGUUGUGUCCCAGGACCAGAUGCUGGAGAAGCUGCAGCACUCGGAGUCCAUGCUUGAUGACAUCCAGAAAGGCCUCAAUGACUACUUAGAGAAGAAGAGGCUGUUCUUCCCAAGGUUCUUCUUCCUGUCCAACGAUGAGCUCCUGGAAAUCUUGUCUGAGACCAAAGACCCUCUUCGUGUCCAGCCACAUCUCAAGAAGUGCUUUGAGGGAAUCGCUCAGCUGACCUUCAACCUGGAGAAGGUCAUUGUUGCCAUGGAGUCUGCUGAGAAGGAGAAAGUGGACUUCCCUCGUAGGAUCAUCCCUGGUGACGCAAACGGUCUGGUGGAGCGAUGGCUGCUACAGGUGGAGGAGGUGAUGAAACUCAGUCUGAAGGAGGAGAUGACUAAAGCUGUUCAGUCCUACCAAAACACCCCUAGGAAGGAAUGGGUUCUCCAGUAUCCUGGACAGAUUGUAUUGGCUGCUGGACAGGUCCAUUGGACUGCAGAGGUGACUAAGGCUAUCCAGGACAACCACCUCAAGGAGUACCUGGCCAAGAGUAAUAAGCAGGUGGAUGAGAUCGUACAGAUGGUUCGGGGUAAACUCUCAAAGAUGGCCCGCAUCACGCUGGGAGCUCUCAUUGUAAUUGAUGUGCAUGCACGAGACACUGUUGCCAAACUGUACGAGAUAGACACCCAGAGUCACCACGACUUCUCGUGGAUCAGCCAGCUGCGCUACUACUAUGAGGAUCGGGUUGCUAUGGUGAGGAUGAUCACGACCUCCGUGGCCUAUGCCUAUGAGUACCUGGGUAACUCCGGCCGCCUCGUCAUCACGCCCCUCACGGACAGGUGCUACAGGACCCUGAUGGGGGCGCUGCUGCUGAACCUGGGGGGAGCUCCUGAAGGCCCUGCUGGUACAGGGAAGACCGAGACCUCAAAAGACCUUGCAAAGGCUGUCGCUAAACAGUGCGUGGUGUUCAACUGUUCCGAUGGCCUGGACUACAAGGCUAUGGGCAAGUUCUUCAAGGGUCUGGCACAGUCAGGAGCAUGGGCCUGUUUUGAUGAAUUCAACAGAAUUGAACUGGAGGUGCUGUCGGUGAUUGCCCAGCAAGUACAGACGAUCCAGCGUGCAAUAGCAGAACAGAAGAAGAUGUUUGUGUUUGAGGGAACAGAGAUCUCCCUGGACCCGACAUGCACCAUCUUCAUCACAAUGAACCCAGGGUAUGCGGGCAGAGCAGAGCUUCCAGAUAACCUCAAGGUGCUAUUUCGUACAGUUGCCAUGAUGGUGCCAGACUAUGGCAUGAUCGGGGAGAUCUCACUCUACUCCAUGGGCUUUGUGGAUGCACGGAGUCUGGCCACCAAGAUUGUAGCUACAUACAGACUGUGUUCAGAACAGUUGUCUUCCCAGCACCACUAUGACUAUGGCAUGAGAGCGGUCAAGUCGGUGCUCACCGCUGCCGGAAACUUGAAGCUCAAAUACCCGGACCAGAGGGAGGACGUGCUGGUGCUCCGAUCCAUCAAUGACGUCAACCUGCCAAAGUUCCUGUCACAUGACAUUCCACUGUUCGAGGGCAUCAUCUCGGACCUGUUCCCCGGUGUGCAGCUGCCAAAGCCCGACUAUCAGAGUCUGGAGGAAGCCCUCAUCAGCAACAUGGAGAAGAGGAACCUGCAGACUGUGCCCUGGUUUGUGGAGAAGAUCAUCCAGAUUUACGACAUGAUCCUGGUGCGACACGGCCUGAUGAUCGUGGGAGACCCUAUAGGGGGCAAGACGUCGGCCUUCAGAACUCUGGCAGACAGUCUGGGAGACCUACAUGACAAGGGUCUUAUGGAGGAGGACAGGGUUCAGCACAGUGUCAUCAACCCCAAGGCGGUCACCAUGGGUCAGCUGUAUGGCCGCUUUGACCCUGUGUCACAUGAGUGGACAGAUGGUAUACUAGCCAACACAUUCCGAGAGCAUGCGUCGAGUACCUCUGCAGAUCGGCGAUGGAUCAUCUUUGACGGCCCAGUUGAUGCUGUGUGGAUUGAGAACAUGAACACUGUGCUGGACGACAACAAGAAGCUGUGUCUGAUGAGUGGCGAGAUCAUACAAAUGAGCAACAAACAGAACAUGAUCUUUGAGCCCCAGGAUCUGGAGCAGGCAUCCCCAGCCACCGUCAGCAGGUGUGGUAUGAUCUACAUGGACCCCCUGCAGCUCAGCUGGGAGCCCCUCAUCAAGUCUUGGAUGGUGGAGAGCUUGCCAGACAAUCUCACGCCAGAGCAGAGGGAGAUAAUAAAGAUGUUGUUUGAGUGGAUCCUGCCGCCGAGCCUGAACUUUGUGACCAAGUACUGCCGUCACAUCCUGCCCUGUCACGCCAUGCAUCUUACGUCCAGCAUGCUGAAGCUGUACAGCUGCCUCAUGGAGGACGUCAGACGGCUUGGCCAGGAGGACGAAGAUGAGGAGUCGUACAUCCCGGAGGAGGGGGAGGAUGAAGAGGAUGAGCCGACGCCCACCACGCUGACGGACCAGAAGAUCAUUGAGGAGAGAACCAACAUGAUCAUCUCCUAUUUUUUCUUCUCCAUUGUCUGGUCCAUCGGCGCCACGCUCGACGCCAACUCACGACUCAAGUUUGAUGAGUUCUUCAGGACACUGUGUGAGAUGGAGGCCACGGGCAAAUAUCCCAGACCAAAGAACUUGAAGUUUGCACGAGGGCUGAUGAUCCCCAAGAAGGGAUCUGUGUUUGACCACGUCUAUAUCCGCCGCCAGUACGGUUCCUGGAACUCUUGGAGCAGCCUUGUGACAUCCUUUAACAUCGACAGCAAAGCGCAGAUUAACGCCCUGAUCAUCAACACAGUGGAGACAGAGAGACAGAGGUACUUCCUGGAGCGCUUCCUCAGCAAGGACAAGGCUGUGCUGUUUGUGGGCCCGACAGGAACGGGGAAAAGCGCCAUCACCAACAACUUCCUACUUCAGCUUCCAAAAGACAAAUACAUCAUCAACAACAUCAACUUCUCUGCUCAAACAUCAGCCAAUCAAACACAGGACAUCAUCUUCUCUAAACUUGACCGGAGGAAGAAGGGAGUCUAUGGGCCAACCCUGGGCAAGAAGCUGUGUGUGUUUGUGGAUGACCUCAACAUGCCCGCCAAGGAGAGGUAUGGCGCCCAACCUCCCAUAGAGAUCCUGCGACAGUGGAUAGACCACGGGUUUUGGUAUGACAGGAAGGAUACAUCAGUCCUGCAGUUGGUGGACAUUGUGAUGCUGGCGGCGAUGGGGCCCCCUGGUGGCGGCAGGAACAACGUCACACAGCGCUUCCUGCGACACUUUAAUGUUAUUGGCAUUGAGACAUUUGAUGAAGAGACGAUGAAGAACAUCUUCUCCCCCAUCAUGGACUGGCACUUCAAGAGUUACGAGACGUCCCUCAGGAGGUUCUCCAGGAUUCUGCUUGGCGCCACUCUGGAGGUUUACCAGAUGGCCAUCACCAACUUCCUCCCGACACCGUCCAAGUCCCACUAUCUGUUCAAUCUUCGAGACUUUGCCAGAGUUGUACAGGGCAUCCUGUUGAUGAAAGGGACCGUGGUGUCAGCUGUUGUCGGUAAUGCAGGACAGAAGCUCUCCCGCCUGUGGGUGCACGAGGUGUACCGUGUGUUCUAUGACAGACUCGUGGAUGACCAGGAUCGCAACACGUUCUUCAAAAUGGUCAAGUCAGUGGUUGAGUCGCAUUUCAAGGAGAAGAUGAACAGCCUGUUCACCCACCUGCUGGAGCCUGGCAAGUCCAUCAGGGACGACACCAUCCGCAGCCUCAUGUUUGGGGACUAUCUCACGAAGAAGGGGGAGGACAAACUGUAUGAUGAAAUCCUCAACCUGGAUGAACUCAGGGAGACAAUUGAGAACAACCUGGAGGAAUACAAUAUGAUGAGCAAAGCCCCGAUGGAGCUGGUCAUGUUCAGGUUUGCCAUCGAACACAUCUCCAGAAUUAGUCGAGUUCUCAAGCAGCCAAACGGUCACUGUCUCCUAGUGGGUAUUGGGGGCAGCGGUCGUCAGAGCGUCACCCGACUGGCAGCGUUUAUGUCGGACUUUGAGCUGUUUCAAAUUGAGAUCACCAAGAACUACACGACUGUGGAGUGGAGGGAUGAUCUGAAGCGUAUGAUGCGGCGCGCCGGGGACGAGGGAGUGUCCACGGUCUUCCUGUUUGGCGACCAUCAGAUCAAGGAUGAGUCAUUCCUGGAGGAUGUGAACAUGAUCCUGAACACUGGUGACAUCCCCAACCUGUAUGACAACGAGGAGAGGCUGGAGAUUAUUGAGAAGAUGCAGGCUGUGUGUCAGGUGGAGAACCUGCAGAUAGAGUUCACUCCCCUGAACAUGUACAACAAGUUCAUCGAGCGGAUCAGACGUAACCUCCAUGUGGUGCUAGCGUUCAGUCCGAUUGGAGACACUUUCCGGAACAGACUCCGAAUGUUCCCGUCCCUCAUCAACUGCUGCACCAUAGACUGGUUCAAGGCAUGGCCGGAGGAUGCCCUGGAGCUGGUGGCCAACAAGUUCCUGGAUGAGGUGGAGAUGUCUCAAGAUGUGAGGGACAACACUGUAGUCAUGUGUAAACACUUCCACGAGAGUGUCCGUGCUCUCUCCAAUAGGUACUAUGAAACAAUGCGGCGAAGGAAUUAUGUGACCCCGACUUCCUACCUGGAGUUGAUCAAGACCUUCAAGAACCUCCUGAACAAGAAGAGGCUGGAGAUCCUGACUCUGAAGAACCGAUACAUGGUGGGCCUGGAGAAGCUGGAGUUCUCCGAGUCCCAGAUCAACGUGAUGCAGGAGGAGCUGAUAGAUCUGCAGCCGAAGCUGAUUGAGACCAGCAAGGAAACCGAGGAGCUCAUCAAGAUCAUCGAGGAGGAGACGGUGGAGGUGGAAGAGAAGAAGAGAAUAGUGGAGGCAGACGAGGCUAGGGCCAACAAUGCCGCCAUGGAGGCCAAGGGUAUUAAGGAUGAAUGUGAGGCCAAGCUUGCUGUAGCUCUGCCGGCCUUGAACGCCGCUGUUGCCGCCCUCAACACUCUGAAGCAGAACGACAUCUCCAUCGUGAAGAACUUGCAGAAUCCACCAGCAGGUGUGAAGCUGGUGAUGGAGGCCGUCUGCAUCAUGAAGGGAAUCCGUCCUGAGAGAAAGGUGGACCCGAAUGGCAAGUCUGUAGAGGACUACUGGGCCCCUGCAAGGAAGAUGCUGGGUGACAUGAAGUUCCUGGAGUCUCUGAAGGAGUAUGACAAGGACAACAUCCCCGUGGCAACCAUCAAGAAGAUCCGGGACAAGUACAUCAACAACCCAGACUUCGACCCGGCAAUUAUCAAGAACGUGUCCUCAGCCUGUGAGGGUCUCUGCAAGUGGGUGCGAGCCAUGGAUGUUUAUGAUGGCGUCAUCAAGGUGGUGGCGCCCAAGCAGCAGAGUCUGGCUAUGGCAGAAGGGGUUCUUGAAGACCAGAUGGCCAAGUUGAAGGAGAAGCAGGCCGAACUGAAGACCGUCCGCGACAAGCUGGCCAACCUCAACGACCAUCUCAACCAGAAACAGACCGAGAAAAAGAACCUCGAGGAUAACAUUGAGCUGACGAAGGUGAAGAUAGAGCGGGCCAACAAGCUGAUCAGUGGCCUGGGUGGAGAGAGGUCACGGUGGACACAGAAUGUCCACGAGCUCAGCGAGACGUAUGACAACAUCGUGGGUGACGUCCUCCUCUCAGCUAGUGUGGUGGCCUAUCUUGGACCUUUUAUUCUGGAUUAUAGGCUGGAGUGCCUGAAGGAGUGGUAUGACAUGUGUAAAGACAAGGGGAUCCCAGUGUCUGAGACCUUCUCUCUGUCAAGCACUCUUGGAGAUCCAGUCAAGAUCCGAGACUGGCAGAUAGCCGGUCUCCCGGUCGACAACUACUCUGUGGACAACGCCAUCAUCGUGACGUCAGCCAACCGAUGGCCGCUAAUGAUCGACCCUCAAGGUCAGGCCAACAAGUGGAUCAAGAACAUGGAGAAGGCCAAUAAGCUUGAGGUCGUCAAACUGUCCGACCCCAACUACACUCGAGGUCUUGAAAACUGCCUUCAGUUCGGGAACCCCUGUCUCCUGGAGAACAUCGGGGAGGAGCUGGACCCCAUCUUGGAACCCAUCCUGCUGAAACAGACAUUCAAACAGAACGGCCUGGACUACAUCCGGAUUGGGGAGCACAUUGUGGAGUACAGCAAGGACUUCAAGUUCUACAUCACGACCUGCAUGAGGAACCCACACUACCUACCUGAGGUGUCCGUGAAGGUGACCCUCCUGAACUUCAUGAUCACCCCCCUGGGUCUGGAGGACCAGCUGUUGGGGAUUGUGGCCGCUAAGGAGAAGCCAGCGCUGGAGGAAACAAAGAACCAGCUGAUUGUGGAGAGCGCCAAGAACAAACGCCAGCUGAAAGAGAUUGAGGACAAGAUUCUGGAGGUCUUAUCAACAUCACAGGGAAAUAUUCUGGAAGAUGAGACAGCCAUAGAAAUAUUGUCCUCAAGCAAGGUUCUGUCAGAGGAGAUCUCAGAGAAACAGCAGAUCGCAUCUCAGACCGAGGCAGAGAUCGACCAAGUCAGAAAUGGCUACAAGCCAGUAGCGAAACACGGCAGCAUGCUGUUCUUCACCAUCUCCGAUCUGGCCAAUAUUGACCCCAUGUAUCAGUACUCCCUCACCUGGUUCAUCAACCUAUAUCUACAGUCUAUCAUGAACAGCGAGCCCUCUGAGCAGCUUAAUGUGAGGAUCUACAACCUGAACGACCACUUCACCUACAGCAUCUACAAAAACGUCUGUCGCUCUCUGUUUGAGAAGGACAAACUGCUCUUCUCAUUUCUCCUGUGCAUUGGGCUGGAGAAAGGGAGAGGUCUUGUGGAUGACCAGGAGUGGCGGUUCCUGUUGACGGGAGGUGUGGCGCUGGAAAACCCAUUCCCUAACCCUGCACACCAGUGGCUGCCAGAGAAGUCGUGGUCUGAGAUUGUUAGAUGUUCCUAUCUACCAGCCUUCCAGGGAUUCAUGGAUCAUUUCCAGAAGAAUAUCUCAGACUGGAAGUGUGUCUAUGACUCCACCACGCCCCAUACAGAGCGACUGCCAGAACCAUGGGGAGAUAACCUCUCCAAGUUACAAGAACUCAUUGCUCUCCGCUGCCUGCGACCUGACAAAAUCGUGCCAGCUGUCCAGACGUACAUUCAGGAGAGGAUGGGGCAGUUGUACAUAGAGCCCCCGACCUUUGACCUGUCUCUGUGCUAUGCAGACUCCAACUACUUCUCUCCGCUGAUCUUCGUCCUCUCCCCAGGGGCAGAUCCCAUGGCUGGACUGUACCGCUUCGCCGAGGAAAAGGGAAUUGUUCCAUCAACAAAUAGUCGGGGGCCAAGUGGCCCAGUACAGGCAAAGGCGGAUGAAUAUAGGCGCAAAAUGUCGGUGAUUGGGAGAAUUUCAGCAGAAGAUUCAUACGCCACAUCAGGCAACAAAGGGCUUGCCACGAUAUCCCUGGGCCAAGGUCAAGGCCCUAUUGCUGAGAGGAUGAUUAGUGAGGCAGUGGAAGCGGGGACUUGGGUCGUGCUCCAGAACUGUCACCUGGCGGCCUCCUGGCUCGGGGAGCUGGAGAGGAUCUGCGAGACUGUAAUCACUGACCCCAGUAGAACCAAGCCGACCUUCCGACUCUGGCUGACCAGCUACCCAUCUCCGGUGUUCCCAGUGUCUGUGCUGCAGAACGGGGUCAAGAUGACCAACGAGCCACCCAAAGGAAUGCGAGCUAACCUGCUGAGAUCAUACCUCAAUGACCCCAUCUCGGACCCUGGCUUCUUCAAGAGCUGCAACAAGCCAAAGGUAUUUGAGAAGCUGCUGUUCGGUCUGUGUUUCUUCCACGCCCUGGUCCAGGAGAGAAGGAAGUUCGGACCUCUUGGCUGGAACAUCCCGUAUGAGUUUAACGAAUCAGAUCUCCGGAUCUCCGUCAGACAGCUGGAGAUGUUUAUCAGCGACUACAAGGAGCCCCCCCUCGAGGCCCUCACCUACCUGACGGGGGAGUGCAACUACGGCGGGCGGGUCACGGACGACCAGGACCGACGCCUCAUCAUCAGCAUCCUGAAGAUCUUCUACUGUAGCGAGGUCAUUGACGACGACAACUACUGCUUCUCCUCCAGCGACCUGUACUACGCACCUCCCAAGGGCAGCUACGAGAGCUAUGUGGAGUAUAUCCGGAGUCUUCCCCUCAUACCUCACCCGGAGGUGUUUGGGCUCCAUGAGAAUGCAGACAUCUCCAAAGAUCAACAUGAAACACAUCAGAUGUUUGAAGGGAUACUCCUAACCCUCCCAAGACAGACAUCAGGGGGAGGUAAGUCAUCACAGGAGAUCAUUGAGGACCUAGCAAGUGACAUCCUGUCUAAGAUACCCCCUGACUUCAACCUGGAGGACGUGCAGAACAAGUACCCUGUGCGAUACGAGGAGUCUAUGAACACAGUGCUGGUGCAGGAGCUGAUCCGCUUCAACCGCCUCAUCAAGGUGGUGCGACAGAGCCUGCAGGACAUCCGCAAGGCCAUCAAGGGGAUGGUGGUGAUGUCGGCCGAGCUGGAGGAUGUGUUUGAUAGCAUGAUGGUGGGGAAGGUGCCUGGCAUGUGGGCAGCCAAGUCCUACCCCUCUCUGAAGCCCCUAGGCAGCUAUAUCACAGAUCUUCUGGCCAGGCUACAGUUCUUUAAGGACUGGAUAUUUAGUGGCAUCCCGACCGUGUUCUGGAUAUCAGGGUUCUAUUUCACGCAAUCUUUCCUGACUGGGGUGCUGCAGAACUACGCCCGACGCUACAAGAUACCCAUCGACCAUCUUGGAUUUGAAUUUGAAGUCACCAGUCAUGAGAAUCUCAUCCAAGCCAAACCCAAAAAUGGUGCCUACAUCAAGGGUUUGUUCAUGGAAGGAGCCCGGUGGUGUCGACAGGUGCGAGUGAUUGUAGAGUCACAGCCCAAGAUCCUGUAUGACCCCACUCCAAUCAUCUGGUUAAAACCAGGAGAAAAGUCCCAGUUUGCAGAUGAACUGACAUAUUCAUGUCCAGUGUACAAGACAAGCGCGAGGCGUGGGGUGCUGUCGACUACCGGUCAUUCCACCAACUAUGUACUGACCAUCGAGCUGGCCACGGACAAGCCAGAGAGUCACUGGAUCAACAGGGGGGUAGCGCUGCUAUGUCAGCUCGACGACUAACAAUGUAUUUACCAUCCAGCUGGCCACGGACAAGCCAGAGAGUCACUGGAUCAACAGGGGGGUAGCGCUGCUAUGUCAGCUCGACGACUAACAAUGUAUUUACCAUCCAGCUGGCUUCGGACAAGCCAGAGAGUCACUGGAUCAACAGGGGGGUAGCGCUGCUAUGUCAGCUCGACGACUAACAAUGUAUUUACCAUCCAGCUGGCCACGGACAAGCCAGAGAGUCGCUGGAUCAACAGGGGGGUAGCGCUGCUAUGUCAGCUCGACGACUAACAAUGUAUUUACCAUCCAGCUGGCCACGGACAAGCCAGAGAGUCACUGGAUCAACAGGGGGGUAGCGCUGCUAUGUCAGCUCGACGACUAACAAUGUAUUGACUAUCCAGAUGGCCACAGACAAGCCCGUGUCACAGAGGGUAGCACAGCUGUGCCAGCUCCACGCCUAAGCAACAUACCAAGCUUCAUCAAAAUGAUGUCUGGAAAUAAUGAACCACUAUAUUGCUGCAGCCACACUGAUGGUGACUUCUCCCAACAUGGAGUGCUAGAAGUGUGGCAAGCACAGACAUGUGUAUCCCAGGCUUGUGGCACUACUUUUUGUGUUAACCUCGGGACUAAAACUAGCUGCUGACAUACAGGGUGAUGAUUGGACAUCUUGGUCAGCAAUCAGUCAUUCUCAGGAGCUAUUUUGGACACUUGGUCCCCAUUUUGUUGGCUCUCAACAUGAGUACUGGUGUCUACUCUAUGCCAGAACCCACUCAGUCAUCUGUCUGGUGUACAAGGUACAAGGAUUCCUGGAGAGCAGCGACUGAGGUUAAGCAGCACAUGGACAGAUGUUGUGUGAUGAAUGUUUAUCUGAUACUGAAAAUAUUAGUGUAAAAUCAUGUGACCAUGAAUAUGAACUGCAAGAAGUAUUAUGUAAUCAUUAUGUCAAAUUAAUACUGCAAGAAGUAUUAUGUAAUUAUUUGAAUACUGCAAGAAGUAUUAUGUAAAUAUUAUGUCAUAUUAAUACUGCAAGAAGUAUUAUGUAAUUAAUGUCAAAUUAAUACUGCAAGACGUAUUAUGUAACUAAUGUCAUUUUGAUACUGUAAGAAGUAUUAUGUAAUUAAUGUCAAAUUAAUACUGCAAGAAGUAUUAUGUAAUCAUUAUGUCAAAUUGAUACUGCAAGAAGUAUUAUGUAAUUAUUUGAAUACUGCAAGAAGUAUUAUGUAAUUAUUAUGUCAUAUUAAUACUGCAAGAAGUAUUAUGUAAUUAAUGUCAAAUUAAUACUGCAAGACGUAUUAUGUAACUAAUGUCAUUUUGAUACUGUAAGAAGUAUUAUGUAAUUAAUGUCAAAUUAAUACUGCAAGAAGUAUUAUGUAAUCAUUAUGUCAAAUUGAUACUGCAAGAAGUAUUAUGUAAUUAUUUGAAUACUGCAAGAAGUAUUAUGUAAUUAUUAUGUCAAAUGAAUAUUACAAGAAGUAAUAUGUAAUUAAUGUCAAAUUGAUACUGCAAGAAGUAUUAUGUAAUUAUUUGAAUAGUGCAAGAAGUAUUAUCUAAUUAUUACUUCAAAUGAGAACUGCAAGACAUGUUCUGUAAUUUUUUUGUCAAAUUGAUACUGCAAGACCUGUUUUGUACAUAUAUUAAUACUGAAAGAGGUAUUAUGUAAUUAUUUGAAUACUGCAAGAAGUAUUAUGUAAUUAUUAUGUUAAAGUUAUAGUGCAAGGAGCUUUGAGGCUGACAACUUUACGCAAUUGUUGAUUAUGUAUUUAUGUUGUUGUUUCCAUUUUAUAUUGACGUUUUUUAAUAGAUUUUACACUUUUUUAUUAUUUGUUAUGAUGAAGUAUUUUCUGUUAUGCCAUGCCUUUGUAAGCAAAUGAUUUAAUCAUGAUUGUCACAUUUGGGCAUGAUGGAGGACAUAGUAGUGGCCUGCUCUUCACAGAGGGGACUUGAAUCAAGUCUAUGAACAAGUACGGCCAUAGAGCUCAUAAGGAUUUCCGUUAGCUCCAUAAAGUUAAAUCGUCUUAAAAUGUAAAGAUAAUGUAGUUUCGGUGAAAGGGGUUUCAGUGUAUUUAUGUUUCAAACAUAAAACAUGCACUAUUUAGAGAAUAAUCAACGAGCUACAAGGAUUAUCUGCUCCGAGUAAAGGAAUGGCAUUAAUACGGAACCUUUUGUGAGGAUACUUCCAGCAUUCAUUCACGAGGGACCAAUAAUCCAUAAAUCCUCAUAUCGAGUAGAUUAUUCUAUAUAUUAAAAGUCGACAUUUUAAUAUAGAAAAUGAAGAAAAAACAAAGUCAGCCCUACAGAGAAACUUAACUGAAGGCGGCCUAUUGUUCAGAUGACGGAAUGUAAUCAAUUUGUGACGUCAUCAACAAUGAAUGAUGUCAUAUCGUCUUUUCUCAGCAAUGAAGCAAAUGGCUUCAAUUGACCAAUCAGCACAGAGAAUUGCUAAAAUGCAUUUGUGAAAAUAUCGGGAAGUUAUAACACAAUCAUUCUACCCUUAUGGGAAAUAUUUAGGCUCUAUAUCAUUACUAGAUUUGGGUUAACAAAUGAAUCUUUAAUGAAUCAUGUACCGUCUAUGUACCAUGUACCAGGCGAGUAUUUCGUACCUAGAAUUUUGGGGCUUUCAAGGGGGCCGUCUUAUACACAGGGUUGAAGAGUUUAAAUCAGUAAAUCAUGUCUAGUGUUUUUUAUCUCAAAUUUCAAAUUUGUAUUGACCAAGUCUGAAUUUGAUGAUGUAAUUUUUUUCUGCGGAAGACAAACACGUUUUUAUUGCAAAUGUGACGCACUUCAUUCCGGUUUGCUUUUAAGAUGGGGUAUAUAAAUUAGCAUCGAUUUUGAAGGGUUGUACAGGGAGGUUGCCUUAUACGUGGUGUCGCCUUACAGACAGCGAUAUACGGUACAAGAUCAGGUCUUACAACACUGGAACAAUUGAGUUUGGGCUCAUUCAGUAUUACAUUACUCAGUGAAAUGGUCUGGACAAACAGAGGUUCCAGUGUAGUAUUCCUCUCUAUAUAUGCAUAGGUAUCCUCAACAGUUAUCGUUCUGAAUGUUGAGUUUCCAUAGUAACGGUAUGGAUUAAUAGAGUUUCACUUAAUCAAGAUUUGUAAAUUGUAUUUUAUAGAAGAUGUUUUCCUUUAGCAUAUUAUGUUCUUACUGUCAAAUUAGUUUGGUUAUGUACACGCAAUCACCAUCUGUUUUAUCUGAUCGAUAUAUUCCCGGGCAUCGUAGAUUGUACCCCUGGCAGGAAGAUGAGAUAUCACCUAUUUUUACCCAGAAAUUUUUCAGGGAUAUCUGUCAGUGAUAGUGAGUGAAUUUAACCAAUCUUUUAAGAAGCACAAAUGUUGGAAUAAUAAUCAAAAAUCAUCACUGACAGCUAAAGACGAAUAGACUCUGUUGGCAUGAUAUAAAUGUCCAAAAUAAUCAAAUACCAAAUGUACUACCUCAUAUUUUUGGUGAAAUUUGAUAUUCAUUAAUGAUUUCACACCAAAAAUGUAUUUCAUAAUUUUUACUUCAUAAAUACGUUAUGGUUUCAUUUCAUCAAUUUAUGAGCGUGAGGACGCUUCUCUCGUUUCCCGGACUUAAUAUCAAUCUUUGUAUGGAUGCAACUGUUUCUCUCACACUCUUAUUAUUCUGUUAAUCAUAAAUUAUUAUUAGGCAGGCUGUUGUACAAAAUUUACAUAUUUUGUAAAUAUUGGAAAUUUAUUUGUAAAUGUUACGUUUAGUGAUUUCAUAUUCGACCAAUGAAGGACAUCAGUCAAUCAAGGACCAUGUUUCCUCUCUUAGAAGUAUGCCCCUCAUAAACUUCACAGACCCGACCAUUAAUAGAAGGCAGCUGUUAAAGAACAGCCCUUUUUGUAUCAGGUAUCACAGAGAGGAGAAA